AGAAAGAUGAGAGCUCACUACAGCCUAACCUUCCUCCUGCUCUUCGUGAUCGCCUCCGGGGCCUCAGAAAACGCCAGCACGUCCCGGGGCUGUGGGCUGGACCUCCUCCCUCAGUACGUUUCCUUGUGCGACCUGGACACCAUCUGGGGCAUCGUGGUGGAGGCGGUGGCCGGAGCAGGUGCCUUGAUAACACUGCUGCUGCUGCUCAUCCUGUUGGUGCGGCUGCCGUUCAUCAAGGACAAGGAGAAGAGGGACCCUGUGGUCCUCCACUUCCUCUUCCUCCUGGGGACCCUGGGCCUCUUCGGGCUGACGUUCGCCUUCAUCAUCCGAGAGGACGAGACUAUCUGCUCGGUGCGCCGCUUCCUAUGGGGCGUCCUCUUCGCCCUCUGCUUCUCCUGCCUGCUGGGCCAGGCGUGGCGCGUGCGGAGGCUGGUGCGUCAUGGCAAGAGCCCAUCCGGCUGGCAGCUGGCGGCCGUGGCGCUGUGCCUCAUGCUGGUCCAGGUCAUCAUUGCCAUUGAGUGGCUCGUGCUGACGGUGCUGCGUGACGCGAGGCCGGCCUGCGCCUACGAGCCCAUGGACUUCGUCAUGGCUCUCACCUACGACAUGGUGCUGCUGGUGGCCACCCUGGGGCUGGCCCUCGGCACACUGUGCGGCAAGUUCAAGAAGUGGAAACAGAACGGAGCCUGUAUCCUGGUCACGGCCAUCCUCUCUGUGCUUAUCUGGGUGGCCUGGAUGACCAUGUAUCUGUUUGGCAACGCCGAACUCAGGCAAGGAGAGACCUGGGGGGACCCCACCUUGGCCAUCACCCUGGUGGCCAGCGGCUGGGUCUUCGUCAUCUUCCACGCCAUCCCCGAGAUCCACUGUGCCAUCCUCCCAGCCCCGCAGGAGAACACGCCCAACUACUUCGACACAUCACAGCCCAGGAUGCGGGAGACAGCCUUCGAGGAGGAUGUGCAGCUGCCUCGGACCUACAUGGAGAACAAGGCCUUCUCGAUGGAUGAGCACAAUGCAGCUCUCAGGACGGCGGGAUUCCGAAAUGGCAGCUUGGGAAACAGACCCAGCGCUCCAUUCAGAAGCAACGUGUACCAUCCCACUGAAAUGGCCGUGGUACUCAAUGGCGGGACUAUCCCAACUGCACCGCCAAGUUACACUGGACGACACCUCUGGUGA